AUGAGUAAUAGUCAAAGUGAAAAUAUUGAUUUAAAUAAAAAAAAACGUGGCCGUCCAAAAACUGAUGUUUGGGAAUAUUUUAAAGAAGGACCAAGAAAUAGAGGUCACUGUUCAGCAGAGUGUAAUUUUUGUGGUUGGAAACAACAAAUAGGUCAACCUAUUGAAAUGCAAGGAUAUAUAGCUAUUAAUUGUUCAAAAGCACCAUACGAAAUAAAAACAAUUUUUUUAGAAAAACCAAAAAUAAAUGAAAAAUUUGAAUCAACUAAAAUUGAUCAAGUUAAAGUUGAGAUGGUAAAUCAUGCUAUUGUAAAAUUUUUUGGCUGCUGCGGCAUUCCCUUUCAUAUCAUUGAAAAUCCAUUUUUUAUUGAUCUUCUUCGAGUGGAUGGUUGGACGAAUGCUCGUGGACAGUCUCUUUAUGCAUUUAUUCUCAUUACUAAAGAAAGAAAGGAAUAUGUUCAUUCAGUUCAAAAUCUGUUAAAUUAUUCACAUACUGGACGUUUUUUGGCAGAUAAAAUGAUUGAAAUAAUUGAGAAUGUUGGUUCUACCAAAUUUGAAUUCGCUCAAUCAAUAUUAAAAAAAUGUAUGAAAUUAGUUUAUUUUUUCAAAGCAUCUCACCAAGCAAAUGCAAUAUUAACAAACGAAAUAAUAGAAAAUAUGAUUAAAGGAGGAGGGCUGAAGGGAUAUUGUCAAACAAGAUGGACAACUGCUUUUGAUUGUAUUUCUUCAGUUUUAAAGUGUGAAGAUGCUUUAAAAAAUCUCCCUCCUUAUGAUGAUGAAUUUAUUUCUAAAUAUUAUACAGUUGAAUGUUGGUGGAGUUAUGUAGAACAAGAUGAAGGAGAAGAAAAUUUUAUCCAACAACUCGCGUUAAAAAUAUUUUCAAUAACCCCAUAUAAUGCGGGAUGUGAAAGAAUAUUUUCUGUAAUAGGGUGGUAUAUAUAUGAACAAAAGAAGAAUGAUCACUUACAAAAUAUUACGAAACUUCACACAUAUUACGUUUUAAAUGCAAAAACUGAAUUAAAAUUUACUGCUAAAGAUUUGAAUGUUACAAAUGAAGAAGAAUUUUAUCAAUUGGUACGAAAUGAGCAUAUGAUAAAAGCAUGUCCGCUAUGCUUACAAAAUGGUAUAUAUCAAAAUAUCAAUGAUGAAAUUGAAGAGAAAGAGUUGAAAAUUGAAGAUGACAAUAAUGAUAGUGAUCUUGUUGAUAUAGAAAAGUAUGAAAAAUUUAAUUCUGAAAAUGAUAAUGUUUUACAAAAACCACAAGUAAUUACUAUUGAAUUUGUAAAUAUUGAUAAUGUCAUUGAUCAUGGCAAUAAGAAUUUUGAUUUGGAUAAACUAUUAGACAAACAGUUUAAUGUAGAUAAUGAAUAA